AUGCCGCUCACGAUGCGCCCGGCCACCCCGGCCGACGUCCCGGACCUCGCCGCCAUCUACUUCUCCGCCUUCCACGACAACCCGGUGGCGAUGGCCUGCUUCCCGGCGUCCUCGCCCGCGUGCCGCGACUUCAUCGCCGCCUCCUUCACGGAGGAGAUGGCCGACCCGCGCGCCCACUGGCUCGUCGUGACGGACCCGGACGCCCCGGAAUCCCCCGACCAGCCCAUCGCCUGCGCGAAAUGGGUCCGUCCCGCCGCCGCCGCCGCCGGCGAGCCCAACGUCCACCCGCCCCCGGCCAUCGACGCCUGGCCGAAAGAGGGCGACCCGGCCUUCGCCGACCGCUUCUUCGGCGGCAUCAACCGGCGCCACGCCGAGAUCAUGGCCGACGUCCCGCAUUACUACCUCGAGCUCAUCGUCUGCCGGACCGAGCACCAGGGCAAGGGCGCCGCGAGCCCCUUGCUGCGCUGGGGCUGCGAGAGGGCCGACGAGGACGGCCUGCUGGCCUUCCUCGAGGCCGUCCCGGCGGCCCGCCCCGUCUACGAGCGGUACGGCUUCCGCGCGCUCGAUCGGCUGGAAGUCGCGGCGCCGGGUGGCGGGGUCGUGACGCAGGUGUUCAUGCUGAGGGAGGGCAGGGCCGCGGACGACUAUGGGCGCGUCGUGACCGGGCUGGGCAAGUCGGAGUAG